AGCAUAUGUCCCUCCCCUUUCUUCCCUUUUCAUCACUUGCAAACCGUUCGUGUUCAAAUUCAGGUCAAGGUGCAUUUUAGUAAUUAUUCAGCAAUUCUAUGCCCCUUCUCAUUUCCCCAAUACUCCUUCUAUUUAUACUCUCGAAUUCUCACUCAAUAACCCUAUCUUCAUUUCAAACCCUCAAAACUAAAACUCUUGAAGCCUAUCAAAAACCUUCAUACAUUUGCAUACUAAUUUGCAGAUAUAUUAAGUCCUGGAGUUCUUCAUUACACAAACAUUUAGUGCUCCCUGGAAAAUGAAAGAUCAUUCCUCGUAGCAGAAAGUUGAUCAAGCUUUAUUAGUCCCCAAUAUUUUAAAGUUCCCCUUUUUCCAUGCAACUUAUGAUAUAGAGCUUUCAGCUUGAGAAAAAAAUGGCCUGCACAGGAUCUAAAUCAUGCGUUAAGUCGAUCAUGUUUCUGAUCGUGUUUGUGCUAUUGAGCAUGCAGCAGUGCAAAUGCUCUGAGCUCGAGCUACUUUUGUUGAUGAAAACAUCAAUGAAGGAUCCAUUAGGGUCUCUCCAUGAUUGGAUUUCAUCUCAAUCUCUUUGCCAUUGGAAUGGUGUUGUUUGUGAUGACUUGUCACAUGUUGCAAAAAUUGAGCUCUCGGGAAAGAACUUAUCUGGAAAAUUAUCUGAAACUAUUUUCAAUUUGCCAUACGUUGAAUCGAUUGAUCUCUCGAAUAAUCAGCUUUCUGGAGAAAUUCCUAUCAAUUUCUCAUCUUGCUUGGCACUAAGAUUUCUCAAUCUUAGCAACAAUAACUUCACAGGUCCACUUCCUCAAGGCUCAAGAAUUCCACUUCUUGAGACAUUAGAUCUCUCAAACAACAUGAUUUCAGGAAAAAUCCAUGAAAGUGUUGGUUUAUUCUCAAGGCUGAAAGUUCUUGACUUUGGUGGAAAUGUCUUGGUUGGAAGCAUUCCAAAGUCUAUUGCAAAUAUUUCUAGUUUGGAAUUCUUGACUCUUGCUUCGAACCAAUUAAUCGGAGAAAUCCCUCGAGAAAUAGGGCUUAUGAAGAACUUGAAGCUUAUUUACUUGGGAUAUAACAAUUUCUCUGGUGGAAUUCCCGAGGAAAUUGGUGAAUUGACAUCUUUGUAUCAUGUUGAUCUUGUGCACAACAAUCUCACGGGUGAAAUCCCUUCAUCUUUAGGUAAUCUCACCAAUCUUCAGUACCUUUUUCUCUACAUAAACAAGCUUACUGGCCCAAUUCCAAGAUCCCUAUUUAAUCUCAAGAAAAUGGUAUCCCUUGAUUUAAGUGAUAACUUCUUGUCUGGUGAAAUAUCUGAGCUUAUAUCCCAAUUGGAAAAACUAGAAGUUCUACAAUUGUUUUCCAACAAUUUCGCUGGUAGAAUUCCAAAUGCCUUGACUUUCUUGCCUAAUCUCCAAGUUCUUCAAUUAUGGUCUAAUAAAUUAUCAGGUGAGAUUCCUAAGGACCUUGGAAAAUAUAACAAUCUCACAAUCCUAGACCUUUCCACCAAUAACCUCACCGGAAAAAUACCCUAUAGCAUAUGUUAUUCUGGCAAUCUUUUAAAACUUAUACUGUUCUCAAAUUCACUUGUAGGCGAAAUUCCUGUAAGCUUGAGCCAUUGCAAAAGCUUACAGAGGGUCCGCCUGCAAAACAACCAUCUCACGGGUGAAUUGUCCCUGGAAUUCACAAAGCUCCCGCUUGUUUACUUCCUUGAUAUCUCAGGCAACAAUCUUUUUGGCUCAAUUAGUGAAAGGAAAUGGGAUAUGCCAAAACUUCAAAUGCUAAAUUUAGCCAGAAACAAGUUUUUGGGUACCUUGCCAGAUUCCUUUGGUAGCAAGAAUCUUGAAAACUUGGACUUAUCUGAAAAUGAUUUUUACGGGACCAUUCCUAAGAACUUCAGGCAAUUAUCAGAGCUCAUGGAGCUAAAAUUACGCAGCAACAAGCUUUCAGGUGAAAUCCCAGAUGAAUUAUCUUCAUGCAAAAAGCUUGUGAGUCUUGACCUGAGCCACAAUCAGCUUUCAGGUCAAAUUCCAACUUGUCUUUCAGAAAUGCCUGUUCUUAGCCUUCUUGAUUUGUCAAUGAAUCAAUUAUCAGGCGAAAUCCCACCUAAUUUGGGGAAAGUUGAGUCUCUUGUCCUAGUCAAUAUUUCUUACAAUCACUUCCACGGAAAUUUACCAUCCACGGGUGCUUUCCUUGCCAUAAAUUCCAGUGCGGUGGUUGGAAAUCAACUAUGUGGCCGUGGAGACGGAAUUACAAGUGGCUUGCCACCUUGUAAAUCACUCGAAAAAAGCUCAAUUUGGUGGUUCUUCUUGACCUGUCUUCUUGGAAUACUAGUCUUGCUAGCAUUCUCGGCCUUAGUUGUUGUUUUCAUUCAAAGGAGAAGAGAGUUGAAGCUCAAGAAGGUGGAGAGUGCUCAAGAUGGUAAUAAUUGGGAAAUACAAUUCUUCGAUUCCAAAGCUUCGAAAUCCAUCACCCUCGAUGACAUCUUAGGGAUUGGAGUUCCAUACAAAGGGUUUUCUGAAAUAAGCAACACCCAAGUAUUCGUGAAGAGAUUGAAUGUGGAUAUUCCGAAAAGUUUUUGGACAAACAUCCAUGAACUAGGGAACAUUCGACAUCCAAACGUUGUAAAAAUCAUGGCUGCAUGCAAAUCAGAGAAAGGGGGGAUUGUGGUUUAUGAGUACGUGGAGGGGAAAGAUUUGAGUGAAGUGAUUCGGGUCAUGAGUUGGGAGCAUAGACAAAAAGUGGCUAUCGGAAUUGCUAGAGCACUAAAAUAUUUGCAUUGUUCUUGCUCCCCAAGCAUUUUUGCCGGUGAAAUUUCUCCCCGGAAAGUUAUCGUUGACGGAAAAGAUGAAGCUCGCCUGAGAUUGAGUCUUCCCACUAUGGGUUUCACCAGCAGCAAAGGUUUCAGCUUUACGGCUUAUGUUGGUCCGGAAUAUAAUGGAAUAUCCGAGAAAAGCGACAUAUAUGGAUUUGGGCUUCUUCUAAUUGAGUUGCUGACCGGAAGAAAUCCUUCUGAUGCUGAAUUUGGCAAGCGUGAGAGUAUCAUUGAUUGGGCACGAUAUUGUUAUUCCGAAUGUCAUUUGGAUACAUGGGUUGAACCAAUAAUGAAGAGUGAUGCAGUGAAUAAUCAGAAUAAAAUGGUGGAGAUGAUGAAUGUGGCCCUGCAGUGCACUGCUAGUGAACCACCAGCAAGACCCUGUGCUAGUGAUGUUGUCAAGACCCUGGACUGUUUUGUGAGAUCAAAUUCUUGUGGCUUAGGCUUGAAAAGGUGUUCUAGUGUUUAGAUUUUGGGAUUUCUAACUCCAUGAUUUUUGUUUUUAUGUUAAAGUUACUUCUCUUUUUCAACUUUUUUUAUUUUGACUUUUUAUUGGGCAUUUAAUGAGUGUUGCUCAAUGUUUUAGAUGCUAUGUGGCAUGCUAUUUGAGUGUAAAAACGUAGAUAUGAAACAAAAUGCUAAUAUAUAGUAGAUUGCAACUUUUGAA